GUCGUCUGUCACUAGCUUCGCUCGAAUGUAUCUCUUUUCGGUAACAUUUUCGCGGCACGAUGCUCUUGGGACCACUGGACCGCCGACUUGAACGCUCGAGAUGUUCGGCAUGCGCGAAAAGCCAUCUCAAGUGCUCUGGCGGCAACCCAUGUACAAAUUGUUCUAGACGUGAUUCGAGCUGCAAAUAUCCUGCGAAAUCAACUGCAGUCGUGAAGAUCAAUUCUGCAAACCAAAGAACGAUACAUAACGGCAGCUUUGUCUGCUCGGUCAUCCCACGAGAGCCGAUCUUCAAUGACGGCAGCAACAUUUUAAACAUUUUCCUCACCAAAUUUGUCCAGGAGAACAGCUUCACUGGAUGCUCUUCAACUUGGUUCCUGGACAUUCAAGCUCAUUUCGCUUCGAGUGCUGCGGUCCAUCAUGCAAUCUCGGCAUUGAGUGCAUUGUAUGCUUCCCGUGAAGAAGGCUCGAAUCGAGUCCGAAAUCAGAAGGCCGCCUUGAGGGCCUACCAGACCGCAGUGAAGACAGUCCGGAAAACCAUUGACGCCGAGGACCCAAACAUUGAGCAGCCGCUACUGUCGAGUACAUUCUUGCUCGGGCUUUUCGAGUUGAUGUAUGACCCUACUGGAGAAGGCUGGAUCCAACAUACAAUGUACGGGACCUCGAAGAUUCUCCAGCACCUUGGGCCUGAUGCUUUUCGCUCGGGUCUCGGGCUCAAUUUCUUCCAUCAAAUGAGAAUGUUCGAGGUUUCCAGAUCGCUGAUUUUCUCGGAAUCAUCCUUCCUGGUCGAGGCUCCAUGGAGAGACCUGAUGAAAGGUACCAGUACUGACAACAUGAGCGAUCACCCAAUUGAGAGCUUGCUUGCUCUGAUGCUCCGAUGUUCAGAUCAUUGCUUUAGAGCAUUGCGGUAUCUUGAUCCACUCGACACUAGCGCCCUUUCGCAUGAGGAGAUGCAGCAGCUCCGAGCUUUCGCUGUCGAAGGCUUCGAUCUUAGACUUGAGCUGUGCGAGGUACAGGCCACUCUGUCGGCGCUGGACGACCCAGCUAAAGACGACCGCACCAUCAUUGCGAAGAUAUACUUAGCGGCGACUUCAAUAUUUUUGUCCGGUGUAUACGACUACAGAUCCGUAUGGCUGAAGCACAUUGAAGCGGUACCAACGCUACCUCAAACCAUGAUUGAGGAGCAUCUAAGCACGAUACUUGAUCUCACAGAAUACGCCAUGGCCAGAACCAAUCUCUCUACCUUGUUGUUCUUGUACCCGCUCAGAGUUGCGUGCUCAAGGGCGUGGACUCUUAAUGAGAGAGAUCGCUUAAGGAGCAUGUUGGGGACUAUCAAGAGGUCAUUUGCUGUUGCGCAUGUGUUUAUUACCGAGGUUGAAGAACUCUGGAUCACUCCUGUAUCUGACCGAUAUGACUGAGGAGCACGAUGAAGACAAGGUCAUCAAUAAAAAUCACUCAUCAUUACUAUCCAACAAGACUACAAAAGCAAUAAUAAUAAUAACAACCCUACUUCCCACCCGCCUCAAC